AUGGAAGAUUAUCAGUCAUCGAUUUUGCUAUUAAACACAAACUCUAAUAAUUAUCUCAAGAGGAUUGAAGAACUAGAGGAAGCUCUUCUAAUCGAAACUUUCAAAGUCUCCCAACAACAAGAUAAGCUUCUGCAACAAAAGCAAGCUUACGAAGAAAAAUUAAAGAACCUCGAAGAAGCUUGCCAAGGACAAAUUGAGGAGCUGGAUAUUUUCUACAGUAACAAAAUCAAGGAGCUCAAUAAUGAGCAUAGUUCCAUUGAGGAAGAAGGCAAAGUAGAGAGUGCUGAAGUACUUCAACACCAAGAAGACUUAUACAUCAUGGAUGUAAGGACUAGCACAAUUAGUGGAAAAAGUUGGAAACCCAGCUAUUACACAUGGAAAGAGUUCAGAACUUUAUUCAGCCUGAUCACAGGUGAAAAUAUCAUGAUGAACCCGAUCACAAAGAAAACUUUUCUCAAACUAAAUCUCGGGCAAAAGAGCCAUGUUAAGUUCAUUAAAAGCUUAGAGAAAAGGCCACCUCUCUUAGAUAAAGUUCAGGUUAUUGGAGGGGAGUUAAUUGAAGAAGACCUGGAAGACUACUUCUUUGGACAAGCCAACAUUAUAUGAUUUGACCCACUUGAGUGUGAUGAAGAUGAUGCAGCUAGCCCUAAUGCUCAAUCAGGUCCAAACUCUAAACUCUUGAUAAGGAGGUGUGAGAAAUACCCUCAUUUGUAAAAGAAUGCGACCAAGAAACUCUCUGUUUAUAAAUCUGAGUAGAUCUAAAGACAGUCCUAAGGUAGGAAUAGAGUUAAGAAGGAAAACAUUUCAAGAUGACUAAUAAAUCAAAUUUUAUUAAAUAU